ACUUCAUGCUAUUGGAAAUGUCUGUUCGGCUAUAGUCGAUGAAAAACACCUCAAUCUUUAGUUAGAAUUUGCAGAUUUACAAAAAAACUAAAAGUCAACUUGGACCACAAGCCAAACAUCGGGUCACUGUCACAUGUAUUGUAAUUGAAUAGCUCAUUGUUCACUGAAAAUGGGUUUGCGAGGCAUUGGCUUUCUCCUCCAGUGUUACCUGAUGCUGGCAGCCGCCAUGUAUUUUGAUCUCGGAGAGCAGGAGGAAAAGUGCAUCAUCGAGGAGAUUCCUGAAGACAUGCUGGUCACCGGGUAUUUCUUGUUGGAGCCUUGGGAUCUGAAGGCGUUCUCUCACUCCCCUCACUUCGGCGUCACUGUGACAGUCAGAGACCCGAACACUGAGGUGCUGAUGUCCAAACGCUACGGUAAAUUUGGUAAAUUCACCUUCACAGCUCACGCCUCUGGUCAGCACUACCUUUGCUUCCAGAGCAACUCCACAAGGUUUGCUGUCUUUGCUGCAGAGAGACUGAAGCUACAUUUGGACGUUCAGAUGGGAGAGCACUCGAUUGACCCCAAACCUGACAAGACCAAAAACAACAUGGAGAUUCUGGAGAACAGCCUCAAACACCUCAUAGAUCAGAUGAUGUACAUCACCAGCCAACAGGAUUACCAGAGGGAGAAAGAGGAGGUGUUUCGUCAGAUCAGUGAGGACACCAACAGUAAAGUGCUAUGGUGGGCCGUGGUGCAGACCUCUGUUCUGCUGUCGGUUGGUUUCUGGCAGAUGAAACGACUCAAAGACUUCUUCAUCGCCAAGAAGCUCGUCUGAUGAUGACCUCUGACCUAUCAGCUCUAAGCCUGAGGACCUUAUAACAUGUCCAGACCUGUAUCAGUGUAUAUACUGUAGACUGCAUGCCUUUAAACACUUUAAAAUCUAAUAGCAUGUAGGAUUCAAAACUGAGUACACCAACACUGCUUUUAAAAUGGUUUUUUGUGUGUAUGAUCUGUACAAUAUUGCCAAAAACUACAACAUUUCUAAAGGGUUCUUAUAAACUGUUUCUUCUAUUCUUGAACCCUGUUGCUCUUAAAACCAGACUGCAUUAUUCUGGAGUUAACGGUAAGCUUGUUUAGGACUGACAUCAACACACAACUGUUUAUACUUUACAC